CGCCACUCGCGACAUCGCUACGUUUCACCUCGUUUGACAACACCGAGCUUUUUGUCGCGCGCGUGUGUAUCAGCUUUUAAUUAAAUCUUCAAGUUCAACAAGGGACGAAAAUGAUCAUCGUGAGCAGCGUGUUGCUCCUGCUGGCGGUCAUGUCCAGAGUGGGAUGCCAAAGGAACAUCCCCAGAAGCGCCAGGGCGAGUAGAAACGAGGCGGCCUUGGAGUUCGAGUGCCCCGAAGAGUUCGGUUACUACCCUCAUCCGCGUGAUUGCACUCAAUAUUAUGUCUGCGUAUUCGGAGGUGCUCUUCUCGAGUCUUGCACAGGAGGAUUGAUGUACAGUCAUGAGUUGCAGACGUGCGAUUGGCCACGUAAUGUGGGCUGUGCCGAAGGUGGAUCUCCCGGUAAGGAAAACGAAGAAGAUCCGCUGCUGGAAAGGUCAGCAAAGAUAGAGACCCUGCAAGAGCAACAGCAACGAUCGCAACCCAUACGUGAGCAACAGCAGCAGCAAUUGCAGCGCGAACAGCAUCAACUGCAACGAGAACAGCAACAGCAGCAGAGACGCGAGCAACAACAGCAACAACGUCCUAUUCAGAGACAACCGAUAGCGACGACUACUCAGAUUCCUGUGCCACAGAUUACGGAGAAACCUAUUCGACAGAGACAGCAGGCUAGAAAUUACCACGAAGACGAAUAUGAGCCUGCGACGGAAAUCGAAAGUGAUAGACAGCAACGUGUUUAUAGGGGUCAACCUUCUACCAUUGGUCAAGUGCAGCGGGACAGGGAUGGCCUCCGUAGAAACGUGAUUUCGGAGAGAGAGAAGGAGAGCUUGGUCAGCACGCGUGCCCAAACGGAAGCCCAUUACAGGACGCAAGUACCAUCCUCCGAGUCACCUCGAGUAGCCAAGAUCCUGGCAUCCACCGCCGCUCCGGUGAUCUCAAAGUCCUAUUACAACGAUCCCGACCAGAGUUACCCAUAUUACACGAUCUACGACGACGACGUGUCCAUUUACAAAGACGAUGAUUACAAUCAGUACACCGUGAACCAAUCAGUGCCCGUUCAAUCGAGCGUCAAGAUCAGCGACGUGAACACGAAGCAGUAUCAAAAGCCGAAGAAGGUCGCGGUGAACGAGGCGGAUAAGUACAAUCUGAAUCAGGACGUCACGGUGCAGGACUACGAUAUCUACGAGAAUCAGGCUCAGCUCAACAAGAACAAGUUCCGCAUUAACGAUGGACAGUCGUACAGACCGAACGUUCUCAGCCACCCUGUGGUCCACGUGACGACACCAAACGCCAUCGUGGACACGUUUAUACCGUUGACGACGACCACUCAGACUCCGAUCACCACCAGCAGGUCUUACACGGUCAAUGCACCCAGCCGAGGACGUCCGCAACAGAUUCACCGUGGCACUGCACCACCGCGGUCGAGGCCAACCUUGAAACCCUCCACCGAAAUUGUGUCGAAGGCUCAAGAGUUUGUGGACAUCUACAGGUUUCCGCCGACGAGGCCAGCACCGAUUUAUCCGACACCGCAGGUUGAUAAGCCGGCUGCCAAAUGUCGCAGGGACGUGUGCUUGCUUCCGGAUUGUAGCUGCGGUGGUUCAGACAUCCCAGGUGACUACCUCCCGGAGGAGAUACCGCAAAUCGUUCUCCUGACGUUCGACGAUUCCGUGAACGACCUGAACAAGGGUUUAUACGCUGAUCUAUUCGAGAAGGGACGAAAAAACCCCAACGGCUGUCCCAUAUCGGCUACCUUCUACGUCUCUCACGAGUGGACCGACUACAGCCAGGUCCAAAACCUAUAUGCCGCCGGGCACGAAAUUGCCUCCCACACGGUUUCGCACAGUUUCGGUGAGCAGUUCUCUCAGCGAAAAUGGGCGCGAGAAGUUGCCGGACAACGCGAAAUCCUCUCGGCCUAUGGAGGUGUGAAGCUGGAGGAUGUCAGAGGAAUGAGAGCUCCCUUCUUAUCGGUCGGAGGUAACAACAUGUUCAAAAUGCUGUGGGACACGAACUUCACGUAUGACUCCUCGAUGCCGAUCUACGAGAACCGACCACCCAGUUGGCCAUACACCCUGGACUACAAACUCUUCCACGACUGCAUGAUACCUCCGUGUCCAACCAGGUCUUAUCCUGGCUUGUGGGAGGUUCCUAUGGUGAUGUGGCAAGACUUGAACGGAGGUAGAUGUUCUAUGGGAGACGCGUGCAGCAACCCGCCGACCGCUGAUGGCGUUUAUAAGAUGCUGAUCAAGAACUUUGAGAGACAUUACACGACCAACAGAGCACCAUUUGGACUCUUCUAUCACGCUGCCUGGUUCACUCAACCUCACCACAAGGAGGGUUUCAUUUCGUUCCUAGACACUAUAGUCGCCAUGGACGACGUGUGGAUAGUUACGAAUUGGCAGGCCAUUCAGUGGGUCAGGAAUCCUACGCCGCUGCCUCUAAUGCACACCUUCGAACCCUUCGGGUGUAAUUAUCAGGACCGGCCAAAGAAAUGCAACAACGCGAAAGUCUGUAAUCUGUGGCACAAGAGCGGAGUGAGGUACAUGAAGACGUGUCAAACGUGUCCGGACAUCUAUCCUUGGACGGGCAAGACAGGAAUACGAAGCAGUCGCAUCGACAACGACGUCGACACGCACGAAUGAUCGAGAAACGUCGACGUUCCGUGCGAUCGAGGCCCACCCAGCCACAAAAGGAGACGAGACGUUUUCCGCGAGCGAUUCGAUUCAAAUCCCCGUCAUUAUUAGCCACGUCGAACGGAAUGUAACCAGGCCGAGUACGCCAACGAAAUCUAACACGAAAUCUUCCUUCCUUUUGAAAAGUAGAGUUGCGAAGGAACGAUCGCCACGUGGUGGGUCAUCGAGGUUGUUUAGCAUGAAACUGUCGCUGGAUCAGAUUAGACAAUUAUUGGCGUUGAGGUGAAAGAAGUUUCGCAUCUGCUGAUUGUAUAUUAUAUUAAUGUACGUCGGUCACGGAAUGAACGUGUCAGGAUUUUCAGAACUGUGUGACACGGAAAUGGUUCAAAUUCAAACAAGGACGAGCAUCGUUUCGUUCGAUCCUAGUGAACGUGAUGCGAGAAUAUAGAACGCGGAUUUUAUAUGAAAAAAAAACAAUGGUAAAUAAUAUAUUAAUCGCGAAACCGAGAUCGAUCGAUUCUUCGUAUUCAAGAUGGAGGAAUCGGUCCUUCCUUCUUUUACUUCCUUCGUUUAGCUCGAAACAUAUCCUUGGCGUACUCGGUCAAAUUCGAAGAUAGACGAAUUUAAUUAAGCAUAUGAGGUAUCAUUGUCGUGGGUGUGCAAAAGCAUAUCGUCGGUCGCGAGAUUUCCUUAGGUCGAUCUGGAGGUUCAGCAGAACGACAACGAACCGAAAGUAUCGAGUGUUUUAUUUAACGAGGCACUAUCGUGCACACGAGGGGAUCGUCGUGUAUACUUCUUAGAACGUGAAACUGUAAUACGCCUUUAAUCAAUAAAUAUUUCGCUACAAUUUCUAA